CUUAAAAUGUGAACACCACUUGAAACGCACAUGCUUUGUUCUAAAUGUACGUACAUGGUCCAGAGGUCCCAGUCUAAUGUCUCAGUGUCUUGUCUGCAGGGGUGUUAUGGAUAUAGUAUGUUGUUUCUCCGUGUGCGUGAAUCGCGCUCACAAGUCUACUCUGGAGUUCCCAUCGCUGCUGCUCAAGCGAAUCAGUGUGCGCCUCUCCAGGAUCGAAAGCGAUUUGGAUUCCGUUCCCGUUCAGCCCAGGAUGGCAGUACCUCCUUAGUGGAGGCGGAGAUCGGACCGUCAGUUGCGUACGAAAGUGCGUUAACACAGACCAGUUUGGUCUACUUCAUAGUUUUACGUCGGUGAACUUUUAAAUUCUUCCCAUUGACUUGUAUGUGCACUGCUGGAUUCAUUUUACCUCUGUCGCAGUGAAAGGCUGUUCGCGCAAUGUUAGGAGCGGCAGUGCGUUCGCGUGUUCUGCUGUUGCAGUGUUUCAUCACUGGUUCCCUGUGCAACGCAUUCACUUUCACAGAGGAACCUGCGGAGCGAGCUGCAAAAUCAGAUGGAUAUUGCAGUUGGAUUCUAAAGACACAACCGCAGGGAGCGAGGAAAGAGGGCUACAAUGAGUUUCGACUCCGUGUCGAAGGGGACCCGGAGAAUUAUCAGCCCGGCAGCACUUACAGAGUGACUCUGUAUGCGAGCAGCCCUGCGUACUUCAGAGGUUUCACUCUCAUAGCGCUUAAAGAGGGGAGGAAUGGGGAGAAAGAGGAGGAUUAUGCUGGCAAUUUCCAGGUAAUUGAUGAAGAGGACACACAGUUUAUGACUAAUUGUCCACCUGCAGUAACCGAGAGUACCCCUCGCAGAAGGACAAGAAUACAAGUAUUCUGGACAGCACCCCCAUCAGGGACUGGCUGUGUACUGCUGAAGGCGAGCAUCGUUCAGAGGAAGAUCAUCUCCUUCCAAGAUGAGGGCUCGCUCACAAAGCGAAUGUGCGAGAAAGAGUCUCUAUAUGGAGAGGCCACAGAGAAGCCCAUGCUGGACUGCUGUGCUUGUGGCACAGCCAAAUACAGAGUCACCUUCUAUGGGAACUGGUCAGAGAAGCUUCACCCCAAGGACUAUCCAAGAAGAGCCAAUCAUUGGUCUGCCAUCAUUGGGGCAUCCCACUCCAGGAACUACAUGCUGUGGGAAUAUGGAGGCUAUGCCAGUGAAGGGGUCAAACAAGUUGCAGAGCUGGGCUCACCAGUCAAGAUGGAAGAGGAGAUUCGUCAAAAGGGUGAUGAAGUACUGACGGUCAUUAAGAUGAAGGCCCAGUGGCCAGCAUGGCAGCCCCUGAAUGUGCGGGCCGCCCCCUCGGCAGAGUUUUCGGUGGACCGCACACGUCACCUCAUGUCCUUCCUAGCCAUGCUGGGGCCCAGCCCUGACUGGAACGUGGGCCUCUCGGCCGAAGACCUGUGCACGAAGGAGUGCGGCUGGGUCCAGAAGCUGGUGCAGGACAUGAUCCCAUGGGAUGCGGGCACUGACAGUGGGGUCACCUACGAGUCUCCAAACAAGCCUACAGUGCCCCAGGAGAAGAUACGCCCCCUCACCAGUUUGGACCACCCCCAAAGCCCCUUUUAUGACCCAGAGGGGGGUGCUAUAACACCAGUGGCCAGGGUGAUGGUGGAGAGAAUUGCCCGCAAGGGCGAGCAGUGUAACAUUGUGCCCGAUAACGUGGACGACAUAGUGGCAGACAUUGCUCAGGAGGAAAAAGAGGAAGACGACACUCCUGAGACGUGCAUUUACUCCAACUGGUCUCCGUGGUCAGCAUGCAGCUCCUCCACCUGUGAGAAGGGCAAGCGCAUGAGGCAGAGAAUGCUGAAAGCCCAGCUGGAUCUGAGCGUGCCCUGCCCCCACACCCAGGACUUUGAGCCCUGUAUGGGGCCGGGCUGCAGCGACGAGGACACAACCACCUGCAUGAUGUCGGAGUGGAUCACCUGGUCUCCAUGUAGUGUGUCGUGUGGUAUGGGUAUGCGCUCCAGGGAGCGCUACGUGAAGCAAUUCCCCGAGGAUGGCUUUUCCUGCACCCUCCCCACCGAGGAGACGGAGCCGUGCACAGUGAAUGAGGACUGCUCUCCCAGCAGUUGUCUGGUAACAGAGUGGGGGGAGUGGGAUGCCUGCAGCGCCACCUGUGGGAUGGGCCUGAAGCGUCGUGAGCGCAUGGUGAAGAUGCCGCCGUCAGACGGCUCCAUCUGCGGGGCUGAGGUGGUGGACGUGGAGAAGUGCAUGAUGCCAGAGUGCCACACCAUCCCGUGCUUGCUGUCUCCGUGGUCUGACUGGAGUGACUGCAGUGUGACAUGCGGAAAAGGGACGCGCACGCGACAGCGCAUUCUCAAAUCCCCCGCUGAGCUGGGCGAGUGUGCCGAGGAGCUGGAGCAAAUGGAGAAGUGCAUGCUGCCGGAGUGCCCUUCAGACUGUUUGGUAUCUGAGUGGUCUGAGUGGUCUGAAUGCAAUAAGUCGUGUGGGAAGGGUCACACGAUCCGGACGCGGAUGAUUAAGCUGGAGCCACAGUUCGGGGGCGACCCCUGCCCCGAGACUGUCCAGAGGAGGAAGUGUAAGAUUAGGAAGUGCAACCACGGCACUGCCGACAGCGAGGAGAGAAAGAGACGCAAGGAGGCCCGCAAGAGGAAGAACAAACAGGGCAGAGAGGAAGCGGCUGACGAGCUUGCAGGGUGCAAAAUGAAGCCAUGGUCUGGAUGGACUGACUGUACCAAGUUGUGUGGAGGUGGGAUCCAGGAGAGGCUAAUGACAGCCAAGAAGAGGUUUAGGGGCUCACAGUUAUCCAGCUGCAAAGACAGGAAGGAGAUCCGCGCCUGCAAUGUUCAUCCCUGCUAGGGCAGCAGGGCAUCAUGGGAAGGGACAUAAUUUGGCAGGGAGACAGGAUUUAAUCACUGUCUUUCAGUAAUGCAGUGCACUCUGUUUAGGGCUGGCAUGGUGAAACAGUUUGGUAUUUUAAAUUUUUUAAUUUUUAUUUUUUAAACUAGACUAUAGAAUAGUAACCCACUAUUUGUCAGAAAAAAGAACACAAGAGAGGUGGUUAGAGUUACUGUGGAAAUACUAUUCAAUUUUUACUUUAUAUCUAAAAAAUACUUGUAAAAUUCAAUUUCAUUGAUAGGAUCCAAUCUGGUGGGAUUUACAGAAGAUGUAUAUUACACAGUGCAGACCAUGACAUAGAAAGGUUAAUUUAUUUUGAGAAGAACAAAAACAUUUUUGUUUCAUACUCACCCAAAACAGAAGCGAAACCAUCACAAAUUCUUACAGUGUGUCACCUGUGGACCCAUUUACAGGCCAUAAGAGACUGAAGCAUUUUUAAAAUUCUUUUUAAAGAGUAGUAUUUCAAGAAUAUAAUUUAAUUCAACACCUCUGUACCACUACACUGAAUGGCACACAGUUAACAAAGGACUAAAGACAGGCGUAAGUGGUGAAAACUCUUCAGACAUGUGAAUGAGAAUGGGUUGAGAGACGUACCCUUUUGAACCUUUCAACAGCAACAGUUCAUUUGAACUCUAGAGAAGUAAAUAUAGCCAUAAACAUGUAAAUACAGGGCCAAGGCUCUCUGUUUACAUCCACAACAGGGCUCUGAGGAAUUAGCAUAAUGGCAUUCUACUGGUAUAACAGCAAGAAUAAAUAUUUUAUAUUCAAUUCUCCAAGAGGCAGUGUGUUCACUCUACUUUUCAGCCAUUGAGUGGACAAUGGGAAUUGUAUAUGUCACUAUUUAAUUUGAACAUUAUUAGAUUUUGAAUUAUUACUAAUUUUAGAGAUAGUUCUGCCUUGUGCAAAAAGUAGCUGCAUUGAAUAUAGAUUUUUUUUGUUGCAAGAUUACUGUAGUUAUGAUAUAUGUUAAAGUUGUGAUAUUCCUUAAAGAAAAUAGAAUUUUUAUGAUAUUCUUAAAAUAAUAGAUAGAAACCAAUUUAGAAGACUUAUAAAUGUACUUUUAUCAUUUCAUGUGUUAUAUCCCCCAUAUGAAAGCACAGGUAAUUAGCCAUUCCAGCAUUUUCUAAGCUCCAGAAGAUGAAUGUGCUUUCUAGAAGACAGAUCUGUUGUGACUUUUUCCUUGCCUAUAAUACUUAGAUGCCAUUUUACUUGUCUGCCUUUGAGUUUGUGCAUUUCCUUUACUUCUCAAUUUACCCCCAGAACUUUUCUGAGAGUGUAAUCCAAGAUUCUUACCAAAGUGUUGUGUAGAUGUUUUAUUGUUGUUUCACCAUGCUCCCUCUGACACAAAAUAAUAAUCACAAUUACUAUGAUGAUUAUAAUAUUUUGGAAUAUUCCAGAUUUACAAUAAAAGUGAAUGUGACAAAGUGUCAAAUUGA